AUGCUCAGAACAACAACCUUAAAUGAAUUGUUAGGCGAACAGCUCCUUGAACACAACGAAUCUAACAAUGAAUUAAAUCAAAUAUCAAUUAAUGAACUUAAUGGAAAAGGCGUCGGACUUUAUUUCGCAACUUAUUCGUCUUCUGCUUGUCGAAAUUUUACACCAAAAUUAGCUGCAUAUUAUAAAGGAUUUAAUAGUAAUGAUGAAAUAGAGGAGAAAUUAGAAAUUGUUUAUAUUUCAUAUGACGAAGAUCAAGCUACUUUUGAUGAACAUUUCAAGAAAAUGCCUUGGAAAGCAUUACCUUUCUCUGAUCGAGAUCGUGCAAAAACAUUGCAUGACAAGUUUCAUGUUAAAGAUAUUCCAACUUUAACCAUGCUUUCUUCUAUACGUGAGGUAUUUGAUUUUGAUGGAAAACGUUUAUUUCGGUCACGUGAACCACGUGAUGAUGAAUAUGUUUGGGAUGGAAUUAUUUGUCAUCAAUGUUAUAUGAGUCCAAUCAUUGGUUCACGACAUGGUUGUAUAGAGAAAGAAGAGUGUUAUUUAGAUUUAUGUGAAACAUGCCUACCAAAAACUAAACAUGAACAUCCUAUCAUUGAAUAUUUAAUACCUAAACGACAAUAUUCAUUCGAACAACUUUUCAAAACAGUUUCUCAUUUACUUAAUCCUAAUAGUGAAGAAAAAAUUGAAACAAAAACAAUAUGGGAAAAUGGUGUUAAAUUUUAUAAAGAAGCACAAGCAAAUUCUCUACCUUUUCGUAUAGUUCGUGUGUCAUCUGAUUACGAUAAACAAUCAUUCCAUGAAUAUCGUUCGAAAAUGCCUUGGCCUGCUAUCCCGUUAGGCUCAAGUCAUCUUCUCCACACAUAUUUUCAAUCUUGUUAUAUUCCAAGAUUUUACAUUGUUUCAUCAGAUGGAAAAGUUCUAUCACGUCGUGGUGUUGAUGAUGUUACACGUAAAGGUAUAGAAGCUUUGAAAACAUGGAUACAAGGAGAAACAGUAGCUCCUCGUACGGCAGAUGAAUUUGAAUGGGAUGAUGUGUCAUGUAAUGGAUGUAGCAUGAAUCCUAUUAUUGGUCAAAGAUAUCGCUGUUCUACAUGUGAUAAUCAUGAUCCAUGUUCGACAUGUGAAAAGAAAGGACAUGAACAUCCACUUGAACUUGUACCAUAA